GCGACCUCAGAUCCACAUUUCGAAGUGGACACUCUUAGCAACGGACGACACUUUUGUCAAGAUUGCAGCACACAAUACUCGCAUCCAAAAUUUGCACGCUAGAUGUGUACUUCGCUCUGAAGCUUUUCACGGAGCACACAACGAGAGUACCACAAGCAUAAUUGCUAACGGCAUGGAAGCCUUGACGGACAUUGGCAUCAUCGCCAUGGCAAAGGCUGUGCACCACCUCGAGUGCCUGGAGAUUGCGAAUGCGACCAAGGUGUCGGACGCAGGCAUGCGCACGCUCGCGCUACACUGCUCUACGCUGAGAACACUCAACGUCUCUGGCUGCACGGGCAUUGCCGGAGCUGGUCUCGGUGCCAUCAGCGAUCACUGCACCCACAUGCGCCGCUUGUCAAUCGCAAACUGCAGCCACCUUGAUGAGUGGGUUCUCGUGCGGCUGUUCUACAACUUUCAGCACCUGGAGCACUUGGACGUGGCAGGUUGCACACAAGUUGCUGACACGACACUUAAAACACUUGGCUUUCAGUGCCGACAACUAACGUACCUAAACAUUUCGUUCUGCCCCAAGGUAUCCGACACGGGCGUCGUUAGCGUUGCUCAGUAUUGUACACGCCUUGAAACGCUGCUCAUUGCGACGCUAAAAGGACGCGUCAACGAGCGCGUUACCGACAUUACAUGUCUCUCGCUCGGCGAGCACUGCCCCAAGCUGCGGGUGUUCAACAUCUCAGGAUGCACGUUUGUGUCAGACGUUGGUAUUGCGUGGCUCGUACAAGGAUGCUCACAGCUAGAGUCACUCGACCUUACGCACUGCUUCAAGCUCACGGACGAAGGUCUUCGAAGCGUUGGAGCCAACACACCCAGUCUGCACACGCUCCGCAUCGGUCAUGCAAAGAACCUCUCGGACGUUGGUCUUCGCUUCGUCUCAGAAGGGUGUCCACAUUUGAAAGUCUUGAGUCUGCACCAGUUGUACUUGAUUUCGGACGGUGUCAAGCGCAAUUUUGGCCUUGAGGGUCUUCAGGCCGUCGCCGCCACCUGCCCGCAAUUGUCAGAGCUCGAUCUUGCUGGAUGCUUUCAAGUCGUCGAGCGAGCACUCAAGAGCCUAGGCGCUGGGUGCCGCGCGCUUGUGAAAGUCAGCUUAAAAGGCUGCUACAACACAACACCGGCUGGCAUUAGCCACUUGCUCCACGGCUGCCCGAAGCUCGAGACCCUCGACCUUUCAAACGUCACGCUGACAAGCAACCUUGUGCUUCAAGACAUUGCCACGUCGUCGUCGCAUCUAAAAGAGCUCACGCUAGCUUACUGCGACCGCAUCACAGACAUCGGUGUCCGACAUCUCGCCCGCCUCUCGGAUAAGCUCGUGCUGCUCAACCUCAGUGGAUGCUCACAUGUUACGGACGUCGGCUUGCUUGCGUUUAUUCAGUCCUUUCGGAGCCCCACGCCUGCUCUUUCACAUUUGAUUCUCAACGGGUGUUCACUCGUCACCGAUGAGUUCGUGAACCAAUUGGCGUUUGCCUGCCCCACCCUACUCACACUGAGUUUACACGGUUGCGGUAUGUCGUCGCGCGCGCUUUUUGCACUCAAGACGUCGUGGCCAUAUACCGUGUUUCGGUCGACACCGUCCGAGCUUGGAGUCUUUCCCGCACACCGUGCCAAAGAGCGCCGAGAGAUUGAUGUCGCGGGCCAGCUUAUAUUGGCAGCUAUCAAAAUCCAAAACACAUUUCGACAGCGGCAGUCGCGCAUUGCGUUUGCGGCGGCCCAAGAGGCGCACAAGCAGCACGUGGCGCUCUUGGAGAAGCUUCUUCAGAGCGGCGAUCACCGCAUGGCUACGAAAAUUCAGCGAUGUUUCCGAGCCUGUCGCAAUAAGAAGCACGCGCAAGACGAGUAUGAUGCACUGCUGGAGAAGCGCCGUACUGAAGCGGCCAUCUUCGUGCAGCGCCAAUUUCGAGCGACGCGGCGUUCGCGUAUUGCAAAAAUCGCUCUUGCCGCCCAUAUUCGGUCGAGCAAAAAGCAGCACCGCGCUGCCGUGGUCAUGCAGCGCCGAUGGCGGGGUAUCACCGGCCGUCGACGCUACAUGCUUGCCCAUGCGGCCAAGAAGGCGCAGGACGCCGCUCAGGAAGAGUCGGCCACUCAGCUGCAGGCACUGCUGCGGGGCCGACGCGCCCGUCAGGAGGCGGCGAGGCGGCGGCAGUACGAUCUGAUGCGCUCGGCUGAAGAGCAGGCUGCUGCGAUCACACUGCAGUCCAUGUACCGCCAGCGCCUUGCUCGGCGUCAGCUUGCCACGCGCCGAGAGCAUCUGGCGUUAUUGCACUACAGCGCAAUGAAGAUGCAAUCGGUGUGGCGUGCUCGUCAAGGACGUAACUUUCUAGGCGUUCUUCGCAUGGCCCAGCGCCGUCGAGACGAAGACGUCGCCGCUACGUACAUUCAACGACAUUGGCGAGACCGCAAGACCUUUUUGCAGCGCGUUUGGGAGCUCGAGCUUCGCCGCCAGCUUCAUGUGCGUCAAGUCGCGGCGGCGAAGCACCUUUGCUUGUGGUGGACCCACGUGCUCGAGCGGCGGGUAGCGCGUGUGCAGCUCAAUGCGCUUCUCGCUCUGAAGCAACGUGACGAAGCCAUGCUUUUUUGGGCGGCGCAGGUUGUGCAGUGUCACUACCGGCGCCACCAAGCGCGCAAGACUCUUGAAGCGCUGAAGGAAGCGCGCCGGACCGCGUGGAAGCACAUGAUUGAUAUCGACAACUCGCUCGAGAAAGGCAUCGGGGCCCCAUACUACUACAACCAGCUCAACUACGAUGUGCGGUGGCGCAUGCCGGGCGAACUUUUGACCGAGCUGCCACAGCCCAAGUGUGAUCAAUGCGAGAACCCAUCGAGUGCCGAGGUUGAGUGCGCCCACUGCGGCGAGUACUUUUGCCUGCCGUGCUCGGACCGGAUCCAUGGCCAUGGGAAACGCCACACUCACACAAUUCGUUUGCUGUACAACUACUACCGCCGUCGCAUCGACUACGGCGACGGCGAUUUUCCGUCGUGGUGGCCGUCCGAAUUUGAACAGGACGCAUGGCGUCCGUGGGACUUCAUCACGGGCGUACCGUUGGACGGCUACGAUGCGCUCGUGCAAUGGAUAGAAGCCGAAAACCACCGUCUCUUCCUCUUGCGGAACCCGUUGUUGGCAAGCACCGAAGCCACUCCCGAACUGCCGCCUGUUGUUGAAGCGCCCAUGGGCGUCGAACCGACGCCUGCAACUGUCCGCGCAAUCAACGAAGACUCGCGAGGCAAUCGAAUUGUCUUCGCGCCCAUCGGAAGCGAGACCGCCACUCUCGUUGACACCGCGCCUGUUGUUGUCCCUGCCGACUUCGAUGCUAGCUACGGCGCCAAGUCCAAGCGUCGUAAGCGCCGAAAGCCGGUCGUCGCGCGCCAAAAGCAGAUUUUGCACAUGGGGUGAGAGCCAAUUACUGCGUAGUAUAUUCACUUCACGGC